UUGGCUGCUCUGUCCGGGCCGGAGCCCCUGGCGGGUAAUUAACGAAGGAUUAAUGACAUCCCCAAAGUCAACAGAAAAAUCGAUGGGCCGAGGAGCCCGAACGGCGGCUGCGCAGUCCCGCCGGGGGAGGGCGUCGGGGGCGCCGGUCCGGGCGCUGGGGCCUCACCUGGACGACUAUCGGGGCUGCGCCCGCAGUCGAUGGUCAGCCGGCCGCGAUGCCUGCCCAGGCCUCAGCCCCUGCUGAGGCUCCACCGGUGGCCUCCGCAGCACAGGAGACUGGAGCAGUCCUGGCCAAAGAGAACCGAGUGGACGUGGGGGCCGAGGACACAGGGGCCCCGGCUUCACCUGGCCCAAAGUCCUGGCUGGUGCGGCAUUUCUCACUGUUACUGCGGCGGGACCGGCAGGCCCAGAAGGCUGGGCAGCUGUUCUCGGGGCUUCUGGCCCUCAACGUCGUGUUCCUGGGCGGUGCCUUCGUCUGCAGCAUGAUCUUCAACAACGUGGCCGUCACGCUGGGCGACGUGUGGAUUCUGCUGGCCGUGCUGAAGGCCCUCUCCCUCCUCUGGCUCCUCUACUACGUGGUGGGCACCACCCGCCGGCCGCACGCAGUGCUGUACCGGGACCCGCAUGCAGGACCCGUCUGGGUGCGGGGCUCCCUGCUGCUCUUCGGCAGCUGCACCCUUUUCCUCAACGUUUUCCGCGUGGGCUACGACGUGAGCCACAUCCACUGCAAGUCGCAGCUGGAGCUCAUCUUCCCUGCCAUCGAAAUCGUCUUCAUCGGCGUCCAGACCUGGGCACUCUGGAAACACUGUAAAGACUGUAUUCAAGUCCAGACCAACUUCACUAGGUGUGGCCUGAUGCUGACCCUGGCCACAAACCUACUGAUGUGGGUUUUGGCCGUCACCAAUGAUUCCAUGCACCGUGAGAUCGAGGCGGAGCUCAAUGCCCUCAUGGAAAAGUUCUCAGGCAAUGACACCAACACGUGCCUGUGCCUCAACGCCACCGUGUGCGAGGUGUUCCGGAGGGGCUACCUGAUGCUGUACCCCUUCAGCACCGAGUACUGCCUCAUUUGCUGCGCUGUGCUCUUUGUCAUGUGGAAGAACGUGGGCCGCCGCCUGGCACUCCACGCCAGCGCCCACCCCAGCACCCCGCCCUUCCACCUGCACGGGACCAUCUUCGGACUGCUAUUGGGACUGCUGGCACUGGUGGCGGGCGUGUGUGUCUUCGUGAUCUUCCAGAUUGAGGCCAGUGGCCCUUCCAUCGCGCGCCAGUACUUCACCCUCUACUAUGCCUUCUACGCAGCCGUGCUACCCACCAUGAGCCUGGCAUGCCUGGCAGGCACGGCCAUCCACGGGCUGGAGGAGCGAGAACUAGACACGCUCAAGAACCCCACCCGCAGCCUGGAUGUGGUGCUGCUCAUGGGGGCAGCGCUGGGCCAGAUGGGCAUCGCCUACUUCUCCAUCGUGGCCAUUGUGGCCACCCGCCCCCAUGAGCUGCUCAACCGCCUCAUCCUGGCCUACUCGCUGCUGCUCCUCCUCCAGCACAUCGCCCAGAACCUCUUCAUCAUCGAGGGCCUGCACCGGCGCCCACUGUGGGAGGCAGCUCCCGAGGGCCUGGCAGAGAAGCGGGAGGCUGAGCCGCACCGCAGGGGCUCCCUGUUGGAGCUGGGCCAGGGCCUGCACCGGGCCUCGAGGGCCUACAUCCACUCCUACAACCACCUCAACUGGAAGCGGCGGGCGCUCAAGGAGAUCUCCCUCUUCCUCAUCCUCUGCAAUAUCACACUGUGGAUGAUGCCUGCGUUCGGCAUCCACCCCGAGUUUGAGAACGGACUGGAGAAGGAUUUCUACGGCUACCGGACGUGGUUCACCAUUGUCAACUUUGGCCUGCCUCUGGGGGUCUUCUACCGGAUGCACUCUGUUGGGGGGCUGGUGGAGGUCUACUUGGGGGCCUGAGGCUGCCCAAGGAACCCACCCCCAGCAGGAUCCCAAAGU